AUGGGCGGAGCCCAAUCGAACCUCAAACCUGGUGAUGCUAAAUUUGGAAAGCGUUCAGAAAAGCAACUCACAACAGCCCGGGAAGUCCGCACAUGCGAAAAGUCUUCAUCAGUUCCGACUGAGACAACAGUACAGGCAAAGACUGCGAAGGAAUGUGCGCGCCCCUCGACGAAGCCUCCAACAGAAGCGGAGGUCGCCCAGACAAAAACCGCUAUGGAGCCUGUACGUCCACGUACACAGUCUUCUUCCGCAGCAGAGAUCGCCCAGACGAAAACCGCAAAGGAAUUCGUAUUCCCUAGCGCAAAGCCUACGCCCGCAGCGGAGAUCGCCCAGACGAAAACCGCCAAGGAAUUCGUAUUCCCUAGCGCAAAGCCUUCGCCCGCGGCGGAACUCGCCCAGACGAAAACCGCCAGAGAGUUUGUUUUCUCCUCGGCCGAAAGGAACCCCGUCGGAGCCUGCAGCGGCCAAAAAAUCCUCCACAAAUAUCGUCGCAAAGGCUAA